AUUAAAAAGACCGCAAACGAAUUAAUUUCUCGUUUGUUUUUACUAUAAAUUGAAAACAUCAACUAUGAUUUCAUGAAAUAAGUGAUGUUUUUUUCCCCAAUGCAUAUACACAUUUCUAUAAUUAUGGAAAACCUAAAGCAAGUUAAUAGGGUCUUACUCUCAUUGAUUGGGAAUUUCAAAAAAUUAAUAAAAACAGAGACAGUUUUUAUGGGGGAAAAUUGUUAAAAAAGAAUAAAAAAUAGGAAAAAAGAUUCGCAAAGAGAGAGAAGAAGAAAAAGGAAAGAGGGAGGAAGGAGAGAGAACCCACCACCCUUUGGCCCUGGAGAGACCAAAGAUGGUCGAAGAGAGAAAACUCUGAGAUCAUCAUCAUCAUCAUCCUGCAAAAAUAAGGUUUUUGAUUUCUCAAACCCUACCCAAUUCUUGGUUAAGAAGUUUCUUCUCUAAGGUAUUAAAAAGAUCAACGAGAAGAAGAGACGUAACGAGUUGUUGACUCUUAGGAAAUGAAUUUCCUAUUAUGAUUAGGGUUUUGUGCAAUUAAUUUUGCAAACAAUGAGAGACCCUGAUCAUUCAAUCAUCAACCUCGUCCUUCUCUUCUUGCCGAGGAUUCUGUAAAGUUUGGAAUUUUUUUAUUUGUUCAUUAGGAAAAGAAAAUAAAAAAUUGGCGAUUUUUUUAUAGCAUUGGUGUAUACCUAAAAUGGGUUGUCGAUGGAAUCCAAUUGGAUUUCAAUUCUCUUGCUUCAUGUUCUUGAUCAUCACCCUUCAAUCUCGCUCCUCAUUAUCCCUCGAUUCAGAAGGAUUUGUAUUGUUGAAAUUCCGGGCAAGAGUUGAUUCUGAUCCUCAUGGAACUCUUGUAAAUUGGAAUGUUUCUGAUGAUCAUUUGUGUUCUUGGUUUGGUGUAACGUGUGUCGACAAUAAAGUCCAGAUGCUGAAUCUUACUGGCUGUUCUUUGGGAGGAACUUUAGCUCCCGAGCUUAGUCAAUUGAGUGAAUUAAGAUCUCUAAUACUAUCCAAGAACAAUCUCUAUGGUGAUAUUCCAAAGGAAUUUGGGACUUUUCCGAAAUUAGAGUUGUUGGAUUUACAAGAUAAUAAGUUAAGCGGAAUAGUUCCUCCUGAGCUAAACAAAGUGUUGUCACCAGAGAACUUGUUGCUUUCUGGUAACAAAUUUGCGGGUUUUAUGAAAAUAAAGUUCCUGAGACUUCAAUCGCUGUAUAAAGUCCAGUUGAACAAGCAUCGAGAGCUCUCUUCUGCUCCCAAUGCUGUCUUUGGCUGUAUAAACAGAAAACUUGGAUACUGUACUGCUUCAAGGAGAAGCUUGAUAAGGCUAAAGAAAGCACAAGCUUUCGUAUUGCGGAUUAAAGCAACUACAAGACAUUACAUGGUGCAAAGAGAAUCUCACGGGAAGAAUUACGUUGCGAACCAUACAAGUUCUUUCAAGAACGAAACUAGUACUAUCUUCAAAAGGCGUGAGUUACUCGAAGGAACAAGUAACUUAGCGGCGAUGCCUGCGCCUGAUGCUCCUUCUCCUUCUCCUGAGAGUAUAACCAAAGUGUUUCCUCGAAGCAGCGGGUCUUUUCCCGCGUUAGCUAAUGCAAAGAAGAGAAAACCUCCAUUGAUGAUCUCUCCUUCUCCUCCUCCAACAGCUGAGAACAACAACAACACAAACUCUGAUCCCCCAAGGAAAUUUGAAGAAAAAUCAAAAGGGUUUAAGGAUGUUUGGUUGUAUGUUGUUAUCGGUGUUGCUGCUUUUGUAGCGAUGCUGAUUAUAAUAGCGGUUAUAUUCUUCUUCCGGAAAAGAGCUGUGAAGAGUAUAGGUCCAUGGAAAACUGGUUUGAGUGGACAGUUGCAAAAAGCUUUUGUUACUGGUGUACCGAAGCUAAACCGGUCUGAAUUAGAAACAGCUUGUGAAGAUUUCAGUAAUAUCAUUGAAGCAUUUGAUGGUUACACUGUCUAUAAAGGAACUUUGUCAAGUGGUGUUGAGAUUGCGGUUGCUUCAACGGCGAUUUUGGAAACUAAAGAAUGGUCAAGAGCUAUGGAAAUGACUUACCGCAGAAAGAUUGAUACAAUGUCAAGAGUCAACCAUAAGAACUUUGUGAAUCUAAUUGGAUACUGCGAAGAAGAUGAACCAUUUAAUAGGAUGAUGGUUUUCGAAUAUGCUCCAAACGGAACUCUUUUCGAACAUUUGCACGAUACUCUUUCCAUGGCAUCAAAGUAUCUGGAGAGUGAUAAUUUGGGAGAUAUGAUUGAUCCGACAUUAAAAACGUUUAAAGAAGAGGACCUUGAAGUGGUCUGUGACGUGGCAAGACAUUGUCUUAGAAUUGACCAAAGUCAACGACCAACAAUGAAAGAUGUGGUUGAACAAUUGAAAGAAGUAAUCAACAUUUCUCCAGAACAAGCUACACCGAGACUCUCUCCUCUUUGGUGGGCAGAGCUUGAGAUCUUAUCCUCUGAAGCUACUUAACCAGAAGAACGAUUCUCUCUCCUCUCUCUCUCUCACUCCGAGUUGUGACACGUGUCGGAAGUUCACGCCCUCAUUCUCUCUCUUUCUCUUCACGGUAAAUGGCGUCGUUUAAAUGUUAAAAAAGUUGUUCUUUUCUUUAAUUCUUCAUAUUAAAUUUGUUUCUCUGGUUGGUUUUGAUAGUGUAUUUGGAUCCAGAUAAUAUAACGAUGAUGUGCUUGUACAAUUGUAUACUGUAUCAUACAUACAUAUGACGUAUAUUUGAACGUAUUUUGUUGUGAAAAGUUGUUUGUAACUAUUAACUUCGGCUUUUUAAACCAUUAUGUGAUACUUUCUCAUUUGUACGUAAAGUUUAUUAUUUUAAUUUUUUUUGAAA